UAGAUAUUAGCUGUUUUGUAAGAAACACUUUUUAUCUGGAAUAUUAACAUACUACGCGUACAACACAUGAGUUAUUACGACAAUAUUUGUUUAAAAAUAUGUCGAUAAUGUAAGAGAUAAAAGAAGCACCAGCAAGAAGUGAAUUAAGUCUCGUGUUAACCAAAAUUUUGUGAAAGAAAAAACUAUUAGGGUUCGACUAGAAAGCGUGGUCAAACAGUGUUCGUAUAAAAAUACGAUUCUUAAACAACUCGUGUCCGUGUAAUAUUGUCAUGUUAUUACGUUGAGAGACAAUUUUUUGUAGCAAUUACAUUCCAAGUGAUUCCGGACGUACUAAAAGUACGUCGAAUACUUUUGUGUAAUAAUAGUGAAAAAUAUACUGAAGUGUAAUCGAUGCACGAUUAAUGAAAGUUCGACGAAAAGUCUCGUGAGUCUUGUAACACGUACGCUUUGCAGGAGGUACCCGAGUGGUUGGUAACAGAGACGCUUAGUGGAUGAAUACGGUCCUGCGCGAUCCCCUCCACCUUCCUCAUCCCGCUAUACGACCAGUCAGUUCCUUGUUUGCCAUACAAAAUCCAAUAGUUUGCCUUGUACCUCGAGAGUGCAAGUAUGCCUUUUGCAUUUGCCUUUUUUUUUAAAAAGUGCGGUAAUCCAUUGAAGUACUCGCGAAAAUGUGCAUUUUACUAAGUUUGUUUACUCAUACAACAAGAUUUCGAUGGUUUUGAAAGGGAGAUCCAAGAAAGCAUAGUGAGAAUUCCUGUUGAGACCAGACCGACCGGCCCGUUAAGGCUUCGUCGAUUUUUUGGUCGUGAAAAAACAACGGAGCCGAAGCUUUUAUGCAGAAAGUCAGUUAGACAACUGAAAAAAAGACCGAUACGACGAAAAAAAUAAUUGUGAAGAAGUGCGUAGAGUACUCGAGGUGACUCCUUUGUAAAAGGAGUACCGCAGGACGAAUAUUUUCACUGGAGCUCUCGGGAAAAUGUGUUAUGUAUUUACGUGGAAUAUUGCGUAACGUCGAGGGCCGGGAAGUGUUUGGAAACGUGCAACACUGACAAACCUCGCUUCGACGACUUCGCAGGACGGCCUGUACGCGUCCGUGCAGCUGGCUUUACCGGCUCUAUUUCGUCUCUCUGUCCCAGCGAAAUUCCGCUCGCGAGGCCUGAUACUGCGAUUGAAAUUUUCCGAAGAAAGAAAUAUCCACCGACGCUCCUAUCUCCUCGUGGAAGAGAACAACUUUUCUCGCGAUCAACUACAUUUUACCUCGACCACUUGCUUCUGGACAACUUUUCUCGAAAUUCCCUGCUGCAAGAACGUUCAACUUCUUUUCAGAUGGAAAUUGCAUUUCCAAUGUGAUCUGCGAUGAAACGUGUUCGCGGGCUGGACGAGGUAGCAUCACCAGCAGCAGCAACAUUAAAGCACUCGUCAGUGAGUGCAGGAAGUGGCUUAGGUGGCGGAGGAGGUGGUUUAGAGUACCAUUCAAGCAGUGGAAUAGGCGUUGUUGUACCUGGCCAAGCAGUUCGAUCAGUUGCUUCGAAAGAAAUGCCGGGAAGCAUACAAUUCGGAACUGCCCAAGCUCAACAGCAAUACACUGGAGCAAUUGUAGUGCCGACUGCGGCUCCCUCCCCCAUUAAGGGAAGUGGAUCUGCAGGACUUGGUUCCACAUGUAGCAGUAGCAGUGUAAAUACUGGUGGAGGGUUGCAUAGUGGGAUAAGUAGUGACAGUAACCAUAGUAUGGGUUCCCAACAACCUGCACCAGGAACACAAAGUCAAGUUCAUACUCAGCAACAACCAACAAUAAGGCAUAAGGUCCAUACCAGCAAUGUAACACCAUUAGCUUCUACUCCACCAGGCACCAGUUUGGGUGGUGGAAGUGGAUCACAACAGUUUCAGAGAUUAAAGGUGGAAGAUGCAUUGUCUUAUUUGGAUCAAGUAAAGUACAAAUUUAGUGAUCAGCCACAGGUGUACAAUGACUUUUUAGACAUUAUGAAAGAGUUUAAAUCACAAAGUAUAGAUACACCAGGAGUUAUUACGCGAGUAAGUCGGUUAUUCCAAGGACAUCCAGAACUUAUUGUUGGUUUCAAUACGUUUCUUCCACCGGGGUACAAAAUAGAAGUACAAGCAAAUGAACGCGGAUACGCGUUUCAAGUAUCUGUUAGUAUGCCGAGUCCAACGGCGACACAUACGGCUACAUUGUCGCAACAUCACUGUACAGUAAAUGUCGGAUCACCGCCUGUCGCGAGUCCUCCGACACAACCCGCGAAAGCACCUCCAGUUUUGCAAAUAAUGCAUGGAUCUGGGAACAUUCAUCACUCUUUGCCAAACAAUAUUUCCAAUAACAGUUUGACAGUCCAUGCACCAUCACCACCACCGGUCCAGGCAUAUAAUAAUUCACACGUUACCGCAGCGCAAGCUCAAGCUGUGAGUCAGGCGUUAAGUCAAGCACAAGAUGGCAUACCACCUAGUGGACAGACUCAGCAGAGUCAACCGGUUGAAUUUAAUCACGCGAUUAAUUAUGUUAAUAAAAUUAAGAAUCGAUUUCAAGGUCAGCCAGACAAAUACAAAAGAUUUUUAGAAAUUUUGCACACUUAUCAAAAAGAGCAACGAAAUUUAAAAGAAUCUGGACACAUGGGGGGUACAAGUGGAUCUGGUGCAUCAGGGGGUGUAAAACACUUAACGGAAGCAGAAGUUUACAGUCAGGUUGCUAAGUUGUUCGAGAAUCAAGAAGAUUUACUCGCCGAGUUCGGACAAUUUUUACCGGAUGCUACUAAUCAACAGAGUUCACUGUUCCAGAGUAAUAAGACUGCUACAGUUAACGAUCACACAACAAUCGUUAAGAAACCGUUGGGACCUAAAGCUCCUUACAAUAAUUCGGGAAAUAUUUCAAGAGAUCUUCGAGAGGCGAGUAGCACUGGUACAAUAGAACGGGAGAGUCGCGAUCAUAGAGAUCGUGAACGUGAACGAGAUAGAUCUGGUAUACGAGAUAUUAAUAGUGUGCAGAAAUUUAGCCACGGUACAGGACAAGUGAAAAGAAGUCCAUCCUUCUCGCCAUCGGUAACAGCGGGGAACUCUCAUCAUAUUCAGCAUGGUCCACCCCCUUUGAAAAAGCAUAAAGUAUCGUCUAUGCGUGAAUGUGUUACUAUAGCGGAAGCGGGAAAGUAUGGCAGCCUGAAUGACUAUGCCUUUUUCGAUAAGGUUCGAAAAGCAUUGAGGUCCCAAGAAGUAUACGAAAAUUUUCUCAGAUGUUUGGUACUUUUCAAUCAAGAAAUAGUAUCCAAAUCUGAGUUGAUUCAAUUGGUAACCCCAUUUCUCGGUCGUUUUCCCGAGCUUUUACGCUGGUUUAAAGAUUUUCUCGGUCAUUUACCUGAAUCUUCUAACACCAAUGCAACAAACACGGGGAGUAAUUUAAACGUCGAGGCGUUACCAAAUAAUGUCGUACGAAGUCAUCAAGAGCGACCCCAAGGUGAUUUGGCAAUGGAAAUUGACUAUACAGCAUGCAAACGUCUGGGUGCAUCCUAUUGUGCUUUACCAAAGUCAUACGUUCAACCAAAGUGUACAGGCAGGACGCAGUUGUGUAAAGAGGUCCUUAAUGAUACAUGGGUUUCGUUUCCAACUUGGUCCGAAGAUAGUACAUUCGUAACAUCGAGGAAAACUCAAUACGAGGAAUUCAUUUAUCGUUGCGAAGAUGAACGAUUUGAAUUGGAUGGUGUGAUAGAAACAAACGCGUCAACGAUCAGAGUUCUUGAGGGUGUUCACAAGAAAAUGAGUAGAAUGAGUCAAGAAGAAAUUCAGAAAUUUAAGCUUGACGAUUGUCUCGGUGGUUGUUCUCCUACCAUUCAUCAAAGAGCCCUGAAGAGGAUAUACGGCGACAAGGCUGCCGACAUUAUAGACGGUCUUAAGAAAAAUCCUGUGGUAGCGGUGCCGGUUGUUCUUCGGCGGCUGAAGAGUAAGGAGGAAGAAUGGCGGGAGGCACAGAAAGGGUUCAAUAAGAUCUGGAGGGAGCAAAAUGAGAAAUACUAUUUGAAAUCCUUGGAUCAUCAGGGUAUCAACUUCAAGCAGAACGACGUAAAGGCUCUGCGAUCUAAAAGUUUAUUCAACGAGAUCGAAACGUUAUACGACGAGAGACACGAACAGGUGGACGAUGGUAACGGAGAUGGUCAAAAUAACAGCGGACCACACCUCAUAUUACCUUAUAAAGAUAAAUCUGUCCUGGACGAUGCAGCUAAUCUUCUUAUUCAUCACGUGAAACGUCAAACGGCUACCCACAAAGAAGACAAGCAACGAAUAAAGCUUUUAUUAAAGCAUUUUAUACCUGAUCUUUUCUUUCAUCCGCGCCAGGAAUUGAGCGACGAUGAAAGGGACGAAGACGACGAGAAAGAGGAUUUGAAUGUAGCAGCGUGUAGUAAUUCUCAGACGGUAACAAUGAAUACCUCUUCUAUGGGUGGUGGUCUUCAAGCGAAUAGGAAUAAACCACCGGCUUCUCCGAUUUCGUCUUCCACCUCGAUUAAAACCGAGCCUGACGUCAAACUACCGAUCCAUGCCUUGUCGAACGAUCCGGAAGAAGCGUACUCGCUUUUCAUGGGCAGCAACAAUUGGUAUUUGUUCCUGAGGUUACAUCAUAUUCUUUGCGAAAGAUUAACAAAGAUGUACGACAGGGCUGUUGCCCUCGCAGAAGAGGAAUCGCGGUAUAAACAGCAACGUAAAGAGAGCACGGCGGUUGCUUUAAGAUUAAAACCCAAAAAUGAACUUGAAAUCGAGAACUACUAUCCUGCAUUUCUUGACAUGGUCAAGAACGUCUUAGACGGUAAUAUGGAAAGCACUGCAUACGAGGAUACGUUACGAGAAAUGUUCGGUAUUCACGCGUAUAUUGCCUUUACGUUAGAUAAAGUCGUAACGUACGCAGUGAGACAAUUGCAACAUUUGGUUACGGAUCCUAUAUGUCAGCAGUGUAUGGAAUUAUUCCAACGAGAACUGCGUCAGCCAAAAGAGAGUAGUGGCGCGGGCGGUUUAUGUGCUACAGCUUAUAUGAGACUCGGUGCCGAAAUGUCUUAUCAACGAAAAGCUGAAAAAGCAAUGGCAGAUGAAAAUUGUUUCAAAAUAUACAUAUACAAGAAGGACUGUAAAAUGACAAUGGAAUUGUUGGAUACGGAGGGCGAUGAGGCGGUGGACAACAGUUGUAGGGAAAGAGAAAGGGAAGGAGUAACAGUAUCUGAAAAAUGGUCUACGUAUGUUGAGAGGUUUUCUGCUCCAGCUGGUCAGACUAGUCCGAAAGACACCCCUACCUUAACAGACAAUGAGCCGACAACCAAUCAUCCUGUGAGUAACGACCAGGCAGCAAGGGGGGGGAGGGGCAGAAAGCGCAAGAACACUGACAUUAGCAAGAAGAUGGAUGGAAAUGGGUGGAGUUCUUUAGGCAGAAUCUUGGCAGGACGUAAGCCUGUAUUUCUUUACCGUAAUGUUAGACAAUGGAGGAAAAAGACCGCAAGAAUGAUGUCAGCAUCCAUGCCUAAUGCUAAUCAUCCCGAGAAAGGUGCAGAAUCAACAGACAAAGAAAAAUCAAUUGAUUCUGUAGACUCUCUCCUGAAACGGUCUCCUGGUUUAAGAUUAGCAGACUCUGGAGACACAUCUGACAUAAUCAACUCUGAUGAAACACAGUGCAGAUUUAAUCCUAAUAAUUACCAAAUGUUGUAUGUUGCUAGUAAGGAAGCAUUCCUGUAUAAAAAGAAUUCGUUUAGCCGUGCCAGAGAGUGUCAUCCAACUGUGACGAAACAUCUGAACUCAAAGUUCCACCAGUGGCUAGCGUCGUGGGCAUCUAAAAAUGUUGCGGAUGUUCAACAUCGAUUAUGCCAGGACUGGUUAAUGGGUCGUUACGAAAAUCUGAUCCCUCAUAAGACACGGGUGAUUACGGAUAACGAUCAAACGAGAUCACCUUACCGACAAUACAAUCGUUAUCGAGUGGAACGUUUGCAACCUGAUCUAUUAACGGAAUCAUGUGUAUAAUCUUACGCCUCUUAUAAUUUCUUUACCAUUCUUUGAGAAUAUAUUGAUUACUACUUGAGAGCUCGUUUCGAUAAUCUCACAUUCAUGGAUACUUUCUGUUAAGAAUAAGUAGUUAGGAGGAAGAGAUAGAGUUAUCACGGGUCAGGACAAAAUUAAGACUAAUUCUUGUGGCAUGUUACUUGCACGAACUAUAAGAGGGAAACGUCUUAUUUUUGUCACCAAAGUUCAUCGCGAGCAAAGACACGAAGUGCAGAAGUGGUCGUUAAAAAAGAAACACGAAGGUAUCGAGGACUAUAACGAAACGUCUGUACAUUAUAUGUACUUCACACCCUUUACCGCAUUCUCAAUUCGACAUAAGUUUGAUUCUUCAACUGUACAGGUAUGAAUAAUCUCGUGUAAAUGAAGAUAUCGCUGAUUUGUUAAAUUGCUGUCUGUUCAGCGAUUUUACGAAGUUCCUUUACUUCGAGAGACUAGAUUUAAACGUUAAAAAGUUGGCAAAGAAAGACAAUGAGAAGGAGCGAUAUUUUCAAUUGUAUUGAGCAUAUGCUUGUGAUCAGGUAAUAUAAGAUAGUUACGCGUAACGUUUCAUUUCUAAACUUCAUUACUUUUUCAAUAUAAUUAGAUACAGGUUUUCCAGGUAACCUUUUACGAUAAGAGAGUAAAGUUAAAAUAAAACUUUUGAUACUGCAUGGAAUAUCUUAAACGUAUUAGAAUAAUCUAUCGUAAUUUAAUUGUCGUUUAUAAAUACAUUAGAGAUUCAACCAAUUUUAUUUUAUUAAGUAUUUUAUUUUUGUAGAUUUAAGCAAUCGUUCAAAUAUUGUUAAUAAUCAAAAGCUGUUUAAUAUUAGACUAUAAAAUUAAAUUAAAAAUUACAUCGAAGUCAAUUGGUUUCUUUUUAAUGAUAAAUUUUAGGAGUUCUUUUCAUUCAUGCGAGGAUAGUAUAGAUUUCGCACUUCUUUCCCGAUAAUUUUACAAAAACAGGUUAUUCUGAAUGCUUUGUAUGCACAUAUGUAAAAUACUUCUAAUUCAAAGUUUUUUAUAACUUGCUCCUCUUAUUCUUUUCGUACAAACGACACGAAUUCGACAUACAUAAGACAUGUAAUAAAUAUACAUGUUUGUAAAUAUGUAUAUGCAUCUAUGUAUGGAUAUGUAAGUGCAUAUGUACGUGGAUAUGUAUACACAUACAUGUGCAUGGAACGAAACAAACACUAGGCCUUAUUUUUUACCUGAUCUUUAGGCUACUCGAUAGAAAGUGUAAAAUAUAAUAAAUAUAGCGGUGUUUCUGUACAGUGCAAAGCUGUUAGUAAUCAGAGUGCGGUGUUUACACGAUUAAGAGAAAGAUAUUAAUUCACCACGCACGAGGUACAUAGCUUAUUGUUUUACAUUAUUCAUCAUUGUAUUAAAAAUGUAUCUUUUAUUCAUUUUUAUUUUGUAUAUCGAUACAAAGGUCAUAUACGUACGAACUUAGAAAAGUUACAAAUUUUUAGUUUUUGAAAUUGUAUCAUGGUAAUGGAAAAAGGAAAAUUACAUGUUCGUGCGUGGUAAUGAAAGAAAAUAAUUCCUUUGUAACAUUCAGACUGCGCGUAGUCGUACAAAAAAAAAGACGAAUUAAUUUCGUUUAAGCGAAUUUAUUAAAACAUAUUGAUGGAUUACGGUGUACGCAUAAACACGAUUGAAUUCAUUUUUAUUCUAAUUUUGUUGAAGCCUUGUCUGUCGUUUCUGUUUGUAAUUUUGAGAGUGAAAACACAAACACACCGUGCUCUUCAGUUAUGCAAUAUACUACAGUUGUACAUUAGAACUGUGUAUCUUAUCAAAAGUGGACAAAGAAAAAGAGAGAGACGCGGUCUUCCGAUACUCGACUACUUGUGACUAUUGAUAGUGUAUUUUAUCGAGAAAUUGCUAAUUUUAAAAGUGUAUGUCCAUGUAUCAAAAGUGAAUGUACAGGCAAUUUUAU